AUGGCAUUCAUUGUGGUAUAUCCUGCCGUGGCUUUCGUGGCCAUGUUUGUCAUCAUCAUCAUCAUGUUGAUUCUCAGAUGCGGUGGUCGGCUGGGACUACGCCACCAUACGCUCCCGGAUGACAAUGACAUGCGGGAUCAUACCUACGAUCAGAAAGUCAGCUACGCCUGAUUGAUUAUAACGUGUUCACACUCCCAUCAGAAGAAUGUUCCCCCUUCCCGCCACAUAUAAGCAAUGAUUAGAAUCUCUGACGGACAGCGGAGAAAUGCCAAAUGUCUUACAGUGUAACGUCUUUUAGUUAGUAACAGAUCCGUUUUUCCUAUUUGUGUCACUCUUCAGUAUAUUAGUCGUACCACGUCAGCGAGAAAAGAUAAUCCUCAAGGGUGGAUCCGGAAGUGCCCACAAUCAAAGCGACUCAAUCAGAUUCUCUUUUCAAACCGAUUUCUGUUCCAUUUUUCAUCACGUGACGAUAGCAAAAAAGAAGAACCCUUUUUUGAUUGAAAAAAAAAUCCAACGGACAAUCUUCUUAUACGAAGAAGCGAACGAAGAAAAUGUUUUCAUUUCCGGUUGACCAAAACCACCAGCAACUCGUAUCUUUAAGAAGGAUCUUAAAUGAAACUGAUUCCAUCCAAUGUUUGACUUACUUUACGUGUUUUUAGAUAAUCUUUUUCUCUUUUUAUACGGUAGUUGAUAAGGAAGCGCAAUUUUAAACUAAUACGAGAAAAUGACAUUCCAAAACUGAUUCAAUUCAUACAAAUUGUGAGCAUUCAUCCCGUCGGCGGCAGCAUCACUUUUCAAGCUUAACUCAUUCCAAUUUAGUGACAAACCGCCAAAUGGCCUCCGCUGAUAAUAA